AUAUUCAUAAGGCAAGACGGAUAAUAGUGUUGUCUCGGGAGACCGCGGAAAAGAGCGAAGAUUAGAUGGGUGAAAAACAUUUGCCUAUUUACUUGUCCGGUUUUUAAAGAAAAACUUGUCUUAUGUGCCUGAAGGUUGGUUAUUGAUUGAUUCCCUGUCUUCCCGUCGUAAGCAGAAUGGAGAACUCAUCUAAAGAAGAGUACACGAUCCGGUCGUUUGAUUUGGAAACACAGAAACUUCUCAAAACUGCCUUGAAAGAUCCAGGUUCAGUUGACCUGGAGAAAGUGUCCAAUGUAAUAGUGGACCAGUCUCUGAAGGACCAGAUCUUCAGCAGGGAGGCCGGACGCAUCUGUUUCACGAUUGUCCAGGCAGAGGCCAAACAGACCAACGGGAACGUGUUUCGCCGUAACCUUCUGAACCGACUGCAGCAGGAAUUCAAAGCCAGAGAAGAGACGCGGAAGAGAUCCACUCACGAAUGGGUUUGCCUCGUGUCCUUCAUCUGCAACAUCUUUGACUACCUCAAGGUGAACAACAUGCCCAUGAUGGCCCUGGUGCACCCCGUCUAUGACUGUUUGUUCAGACUGGCCCAAUCUGAUGCCCUGAAGAACGAGGAGGAGGUGGACUGUCUGGUGUUACAGCUGCAUGGUAUUGGAGAUCAGCUGGAGAAGAUGAACCUGCAGCUCAUGGACGAGCUGUUCAAUCUCCUGAGGGAUGGAUUUCUCCUGCAGGAGGACCUGAGCUCCAUGGGCCGCCUGCUCCUGCUCGAGAUCCUUGAGUUUCGCGCGGGAGGCUGGACUCUCAGUGAAACAGCUCAGAAAUACUACUACAGUGAAGUGACGGACUGAGGCCUCUACCAAUCAGAGAAACAAGAAAGCGGGAUGAAAUUGCAAUCUGUAAGAACCAAGUGUGGAGGUUUUAUUUUUAUAUUUACCUUUGUUCACUAGGUAUGAGGUUUGCAGUUAGUUGCAGUACUGGGUUUUGAUUUUGGUUGUGACUUUUUGAAGUUGACUCGAGGUGACAUGAAGUUCAUCAUAUUUUCUUUCAACACUUGACAAAUGGUGUGUCUAAGCUUGGUGCUGAUGCAACUGUCAUAGUGACAACAGCCAAUCACAUUAUUAUUCUGGUGAUGCAUGAAUGGGAUUGGCUAGUGUCUGCGCUAGGGUAUUUGCAUAAGGUGAUCCGAUUGGCUAAUGCUUGCAUUGACGCUUGAAAAUUUGAAAAGGUUUUAACUUCUGCCACGAGCAACGCCAGUGGAGCGGCGCGACGGACCCACAAUUCAGUUCGGCAAUGCUUGACGUCACUCCAUUCAAAGUAAACGAGAGGCGUUGACGCCGACGCCCCCCCGUGAAUACCAGCAUUCCCUAGAACAAACUAUUAAUAUGUGCAAUAAUGCAGUUCACUCAUGGUUAAACGCAGGCUACUUAGCAGGAAAGUAGAAAAACUAAGUUAUAGCUAAAGGACUUUUUAAUGCUUUUUUGGCUAUAAUCACAGUAUGUGUAGUUUUCAUUGGUCACAGAUCUUUAGACGUUUUAGUUAAUCAUUCUGAAAGUGAAUGAAGUUCAAGUAUAUCUCUGUUUGAUCAUCGAAGUGUUACAAUAGAAGCAUUACAAUCAUGAUUCAUUUGAUAUAGGUCUUAUAUUAGUGUCAAGGGCUUUAAUCACAAUGCUAGAAAUUAUUAGAUGGUUUUAUUUAAUAGAGAUGGAGGGAUAUAUUUAAUACAUUUUUAGAUGGUU